CCCGACACCUCAGAGCAUGCUCUGCCCGUGUACAAUUCAAUUCCAAACGAGACGAUCUAGCCUGAUCAUCCCGACAUCCCGACGGGCGGCGCAAUGGCCGGCAAGGCUGACCCGGUGCCCACGCCAGCGUGGUGGAGCUGGUUCAACUCCGUCCUGGUGCUCAGCCUGAUCCCGUGGCUGUCCGCGGUGGCGUGGCGGAACCUGCAGCGCCUCCAGCUGCACCACCUGGUCGGGCGCCGGGCGAGCCGGCGCGUGCGGUGGCUCGCGGCGUUCAUCGACCCGUACCUGACUGUCAACAUCGACGAGCAUGAGAGCACCGGCCGCAUGAUGAGGCGCGGCGACGCCUACUACGAGGAGGUCAAGGCCUACCUCGGCGCCUCGUGCUCACGCACCGCGCGCCACCUCAGGGCCGAGGGCGCCAGGGACGCCGCCGCCGACAGGCUCGUGCUCAGCAUGAUCGACGGCGAGGAGGUAGCCGACCACUUCGGCGGCGCCACGGUCUGGUGGUCGGCGCACUCCAACAGGACGGCGGUGCGCAACGGCGGCGCGGGGCCGGAGGAGCGCUCCUUCAAGCUCCACUACCACGAGCGCCACCGCGAACUCGUGCUCGACAGCUACCUCGCCUUCGUCCAGCAGCGGGGCCGCGACAUCAUGGUCAAUAGCCGCCAGCGGAAGCUGUACACCAGCGUCUCCGACCACCGUGCUGGAUGGAGCCAGAUGACGUUCAAGCACCCUAUGAAGUUCGACAAGCUCGCCAUGGACCCAGCGACGAAGAAGGAGAUCAUGGACGACCUCGACACGUUCAAGAACGGCAAAGAACACUACGAGCGCGUCGGAAAGGCGUGGAAGCGCGGGUACCUCCUGCACGGCCCGCCGGGAACGGGCAAGUCGAGCAUGAUCGCCGCCAUGGCCAACCACCUCGAAUACGACGUCUACAUCAUCGAGCUCACGUCGGUGAAGUCCAACUCCGACCUCCAGAGGCUACUAAUGGAAAUAAAGAGCAAGGCCGUCGUCGUGAUCGAGGACAUCGACUGCUCGCUCGACCUCACCGGGGCGCGCGAGAAGAAGAAGCGGGCGGCGGACGACACCAAGAACGGCGCGUCCACGUCAUCAUCGGCCGCGGAAGCGGACACCGCCGGCAGCAAGGUGACGCUGUCCGGCCUCCUCAACGUCGUCGACGGGCUGCUAUCGGCAUGCGGGGAAGAGCAGGUCAUCGUGUUCACCACGAACCACGUCGAGGAGCUGGACCGGGCGCUCAUCAGGAGGGGCCGCAUGGACAAGCACAUCAAGAUGCCCUACUGCGGCUUCGAGGCUUUCAGGUUCCUGGCCGAGAGGGAGCUCGGCGUGGGGUCGCACGAGCUGUUCGGCGCCGUGAGAGCGCUGCUGGGGGAGGUGGACAUGACGCCGGCGGACGUAAUCGAGGAGCUGACGCCCAAGAGCAAGGACGACGACGCGGACUCGUGCCUUGCUGCCUUGGUGAAGGCGUUGGAGAAGGCCAAGGAGGAGAAGGCGAAUCGAGGAUCCAGUGCCUGAUCUCGUUGGGCUCUGUCUCGCGCGUGUUGCUAUGCAUGCUUAUAAAUUAUACUAAAAGACCGGAAAAAAUAAAAAUAGCAUUCCAUCCGGUGUCGCCAAAGCUUUUGUUUGCUUUAUUAUUACGUGUUCAUCGUCGGACUCUUAGCUCCGUGGGUGAUCGUGUGACUAAUGUGUCUGGCCAGUCAAACCCUGACCUGAUCCGACAUAGGAAAGGGACAGAGAGUAGAGGUAAUCGCCAAUGAUGGAGAGGGCCGGGCCGGAGCGUCAGAGGCAGAGGUCUGAGUCAGAUUCAGAUAUCUUGGCUCUUCUUGUCUGUACCAAUUUAUUGUUUCUCGCUCAGUUUCAAUAUAUGCGAACGUUUAAGUAAAA